AUGAGGGUGAAGAAGAAAAAUUCUAGCGGUAACGCCAGAAACUUUAUCACCAGGUCGCAAGCGGUUCGGAAACUACAAAUCUCCCUUGCUGAUUUCAGAAGGUUAUGUAUCUUCAAAGGUAUUUAUCCAAGAGAACCAAGGAACAAGAAGAAGGCUAAUAAGGGAUCUACAGCCCCUACGACAUUCUACUACUAUAAGGAUAUUCAGUAUCUUCUGCAUGAACCUGUUCUGGCUAAGUUCAGAGAACACAAGACUUUUGCGAAGAAGUUGACCAGGGCGCUUGGAAGAGGUGAAGUUUCCUCGGCUAAGAAGUUGGAAGAGAAUAAAACUUCAUACAAACUUGAUCACAUUAUUAGGGAGCGUUAUCCAAGUUUCCCAGAUGCUUUGAGAGAUAUUGAUGAUGCGUUGAACAUGUUAUUUUUGUUCGCUAACCUCCCUGCUACCGACCAGGUAUCAUCUCGUGUUACAAAAGAUGCUCAAAAAAUCUGUAAUCAAUGGUUGGCCUUUGUUGCUAGAGAAAGAUUAUUAAGAAAGGUAUUUGUGUCGAUCAAGGGUGUUUACUACCAAGCAAACGUUAGAGGGGAAGAAAUCAGAUGGUUAGUUCCCUUCAAGUUUCCUGAAAAUAUCCCAUCAGAUGUUGAUUUUAGAAUCAUGCUAACAUUUUUGGAAUUUUAUUGUACAUUGACGCAUUUCGUUUUGUUUAAAUUAUACACUGAUAAUGGUAUUGUGUAUCCACCAAGAUUGGAUAUGAAGAAGGAUAAGAUUAUAGGUUGUUUAAGUGCAUAUAUCUUGGAAUCGAGUGAAGGCGCUCCUAUAGAUGGUCCAAAAUCAAACACUGUUGAGACUCAAGAAGUUAAGACUUUAGACAAGAGAACUUUGCGUUCUGCGAUGAAAGCUGAUACCAAUGAUAAUACUGAAGAACAAGAGACCGAUCAAGCAGAAAAUGUUGAUGAUGCUAAAUUGGAUGCCUUCGAAGAUAAAAAUAAAAACCAAGGAGAUCUCCUUGAGCAGCCAUCCCAGUACAACUCUCCAACUGCAACGUUGUUUUCAGGUAUGAUCUUUUACGUUAGCAGAGAAGUCCCUAUUGAUAUUCUAGAAUUCUUAAUUCUCUCAUGCGGUGGUACUGUUGUUUCAGAAGCUGCAAUGGAUCAAUUGGAUAGCGUUGAAGAUUUUGAUCUAAGUCGUGUAACCCAUCAAAUUGUUGACAGACCAGUUUUAAAGAAUAAGGUUGCCAAUAGAACUUACAUUCAACCACAAUGGGUCUUUGACUCCAUUAACAAGGGAGAGUUUGUUCCGGCUAAUUUGUACAUGCCUGGUGAGUCAUUGCCUCCACACCUGUCCCCAUGGGGUGAUGCUGUGGGUUAUGACCCGACAACAGAAGAUGCUGUUGAAGGAGAAGAAGAAGAAGAAAAGACUCUGGAUGAGGAUUCUGAAGAGAACGAAGUAGAAGAAGAAGCAGAUGAUGAUUCUGAAGACGACGAGGAUCUCAAAGCUCAAAAGGAAUUGGAGCUAGAGGCGCAGGGUAUUAACUACUCAAAGGCUAAGGAAGAGAACAGUCUGGGAGAGGGAACUAAAGUCAAGGUUAAAAAAAGAAAAUCUGAGGAAGAAGAGGAGAAGGACCUGAAGUUAAUCAUGAUGAGUAACAAACAACGUAAACUGUACAAAAAGAUGAAAUACUCCAAUGAAAAGAAGGAUGAAAAGAUUGAGAAUUUGAAGAAAAAGAAGAAGCAGAUUGCCAAGACGAAGAGUAAGUUAGAACGCUUGGAGCAGUAA